AAAGAUGAAAUUCUGACAAGGUUGAACUUUGGUAUCUAUAUCAAAAAUGCCAAUGAAUGGAUUGGUUGUAGGGGAGCAGGUGAAAUUAUUAGGCUUAUGCUGCUUAAUGGUAAAACGACGUUUAAGAAACUUGUUGAAAAAGAUUUAAAAAUUUCUAAAAAAACGAGUAGUAAAUACCGUGAUGUUAAAGAAAUUUUUUCUAAAAUGAUUGAGAAACAUUACAUUGCACCUUUCAACUUUACUGAUUCAAAAUCGGCUCAAGAUAAGGCUUCUGAAGCUGAACAGCGUGAAUUAGCAAAGGUGACGAAUUUCAUUCCCACUAAAAAACAGGUGGCAGAAGUUAAAGCUAAGCUUGCAGGUGAUGUUGAUGUAGAUGAAGCCGCAACUGGAUUGAAACGGAAAAUAAACGCUGUUACUUUUGACAGACCGGCAAAGGAAAAUCAAUAUUUUCGUGUGAAUUAUGGGAAAUUUAAUGUCAAGAUGAGAAAUAAGCGUUUCGAAUCAUUUGUUGGAAUUCGUAUUAAUAAUUCUGCAGGUCUAAUCACAAAAAUUAUACUGGACAUCUCAGAUGACGAAAAAGCAGAAGACAUAGAAUCCCGGUUGAUUUCGGCACAAAGAAUUAUUAAAAGUAUUCCG